AUGUGUCGUCAUUACUGUCUCAUUGCCCUCGUUGCUUCCUGCACCAUUUUCAUGCUACCGGCAUCAGCCGAUGAACGAUGUGUUAUUGUUUCCGGCCAUCUGACGUGCAAGAAGAACCCGGCAGCCGCUAAUUCGGCAGAACUUAAAUUAUACGAUAAGGAUAGCUACUGGAUGUUCAACUGGUUCGAUCCGGACGACCUCAUGGGAUUUUCCAACGCGCAGCAAUUUGGUGAAUUCGACAUAAAAGGCUGUGCUAGGGACGUGGACUGGUUACCGGGAUUGACAAAUCCGCCGGAUCCUUACCUGCAGAUCUUUCAUACCUGUAACGACAAGCAGGGCGAGACGAAGAUCUACAACGGGACACUUAAGUUUUCACCAGAACGGAACUACCUCGGCGAUAUAGUACUGGACAGCUAA